CAGCCUAAAACAAGAAUUUGUAGUUAAGAUGGGAAGCAAAGCAAAAGCAAUGGGGUCUGGGCUGACUCCUCUUCUUGCCACUGUUUUAGUGGUGUUUGUUGCUCUUGGCUUGCCCUCACAAACUGCAGCUGAUGAUCACUACAAGUAUUCAUCUCCUCCUCCUCCUUACCACUAUCCCUCACCACCACCACCAGUGCAUAUACCUCCACCUCAUCCUGUUUACAAGUACAAAUCUCCACCACCCCCACCACCACACCCAGUUUACAAGUAUAAGUCACCACCACCACCUCCUCAUCCGGUAUACAAGUAUAAGUCUCCUCCGCCACCACCACACCCAGUUUACAAGUACAAGUCACCACCACCACCUCCUCAUCCGGUACCACACCCAGUUUACAAGUAUAAGUCACCUCCACCACCUCCUCAUCCGGUACCCACAGUUUACAAGUAUAAGUCACCACCACCACCUCCUCAUCCGGUAUACAAGUAUAAGUCUCCUCCGCCACCACCACACCCAGUUUACAAGUAUAAGUCACCACCACCACCUCCUCAUCCGGUGCCACACCCAGUUUACCACUACAAGUCACCACCACCACCUCCUCAUCCGGUACCACACCCAGUUUACCACUACAAGUCACCACCACCUCCUCACCCAGUUUACAAAUACGAGUCUCCACCACCACCAGUUUAUAAGUACAAGUCACCACCACCUCCUCCACCAGUUUACAAGUAUAAAUCUCCUCCACCACCACCACCAGUUUACCACUACAAGUCUCCACCACCUCCUCCCCCAGUUUACAAAUACAAGUCUCCACCACCUCCUCACCACUACUAAGCAAUUGCUUCUGAGGCAAAGGAGAAGGAAACCAUGUUUGAGACCUUCUUGAAGAUGUAGAAGCAUAAGAAUAAAAGCCCAAUGUGAAGAUGAUGAUUUCAAGUUUUUCUACGUUACCAUUUCUUUAUCUAAAUUGGUUGUAGCGCCCAAGUUCCUUUGUUUAUGGGAUUUGUAUCGUUUUACGUACCAUGCAGUACAUGUCAUGUUUGUAAGGUUUUCUAUCCUGCCGGCAAACCGCAGGUUCCAUGUGAUAAAUGAAUACUAUUUAUGUUACGACACUUUUCUCUGUUUCUCU